AUGUUACGCUAUUGGACGAAAGCUGGUGGAAGAUUGCAGGUUGCAAGAGGAUUCCAUCGCUCUAACGCGGUUUGCCAGGUUAAAAGCCUAGAGGAUUUAGCCAAAUUGAAGUCCCUGGACGAAGUUGACCCAGAGAUGGUCAAAAGACUUAUCAACGAGAGGACCAACGAACUCAAUACUCAGAAUGAAUUGCAAAUGCUCAAACGGAUGGAAACGGAACAAGACCAGCGACAAAACGCAACUCUGAAGAAAUUCGUAAGACCUGCGUGGAUUUUGCUUAUAAUGAGUUCUAUCGUGUAUUUGACAGGACAUUUAGUGUGGUGGAAACUGGAGUAUGAAGAACGUGAGCUUAAAUUGAAGCGCAAGGUCCAUGAACUGGAGUUGAAUUUGAACGAUUUGGUUACCAAGAAGUCGGGAGCAGAUAAAGAUCACAACGGCUUGAAUGCCGACGCAGCGUGUAGAAAAUGGUAUUGGUUAUGGCUAAGGUGA